UCUGCCCCUCCCUCGCUCACAGGCUGCAACAUGCUGGUGAGGAUUGGGUUUAUUAUGGACUGAGAUAACAGACGCUCUGGGAGACGGACAGAGCAACAUCUGGAUAUUUAAAUCUCACUCACACCACAAAGAGACACAUCACGCUCUGGACAGGACCCAUCUCCCUCCAUCAUGACGAACAUCACUCAGCUUCUCUCAGGUCCCACUCAGGGAGAUUCAAACCCAGAGCGCGACAGCGUCGUGAGCAACGACUUCUCCACGUCCUUCGGCGCCCUCAUCCUCGGCCUGGUCUGCCUCGUGGGCGUCCCAGGGAACUUCUUCAUCGUCUGGAGCAUCCUGGCACGAAUCCGUCGGCGCUCAGUCACCACCAUCCUCAUCCUCAACCUGGCGUGUGCCGACGGCUUCCUCAUGAUCCUCACCAUCUUCUUCAUCGCCUACCUGGCCAAGCAGACCUGGGUCUUCGGCAACGGCCUGUGCAAGGCCCUGUUCUACCUGUGCAACUCCAACAUGUACGCGUCCAUCUUCCUGAUCACACUGAUGAGCGUGCACAGGAUGGUGGCCGUGGUGUUUCCCACGAAACUGACCAUCGUAGCCAGCAGGAAGAUUGUGAGGAGGGUGAUCGUGGUCAUGUGGGCGCUGGUGAUGCUCAUCGCGAUUCCCUCACUGGUGUUUCGGGACGUGAGAAUAGACAAAGACGAACGGAAUAUGAGCAGAAUUGUGUGUGCGCCCAAUCACACCCUCCCUCAACAUGUGCGUUUCCAGUACGCCUUCGAGACCGUGUCGGGAUUCAUUCUUCCUUACGCAAUCAUCAUAACCUGCUAUGUGCUCAUCCUGCGGCGCCUGAGGCAGACCACGUUCCGGAGGAAGAUCCGCAGCGAGAAGCUCAUCCUGGCCAUCGUGGGGAUGUUCGGUGCCUUCUGGCUGCCCUACCACGUCAUCAACAUGAUGCAGGUUGCAUCUAUGUGGUACCCAGAGAAUUCAGCCAUGAGAGAAAAACUGGAUUACAUCACCAAGUCGAGUCGGGCCAUCACCUCAGCGCUGGCCUUCAUCAGCAGCUGUGCCAACCCCAUCCUCUACACCUUCGCUGGGAAGUCCUACAUCAAGAAGAACGGCUUCACCUUCAUGGCGAAGCUCUUCGAGGGGGCGACCUCGGACCAGUCGGGAACCAAGUCCACUACGGUCGGGGACAAAGACGCUGGUUAUCAACCAGCGUCCAAGUGAACCAGUGUUAUGGAUUUGUAGAUAGAAUGUGUUGAAACCUAAAGUUUGACUGAAACAAUCGUGUUUAACUGACCUGUAAAUAGUUUAUUUUUUUACAUUUUUAUCGUUUAGUUUUUCAUUUUGUGGCAGUUAGAGAAUAUAAUUUUUUAUAAAAUGGCUAGAACAUGAGAAAAUGCAAUGUGAGAAAAACACUUACUGAAAUUCUUUGAGAACCUUUCGCUCUAUUUACCAUUUGCAGUUUAUACAUUUAUAUAUAUUUCGUGAAGGUUUAUCAGAAACUAGAUUUUACCACAAUUGUCCCAUUACAUUUUAUGUUACUGCGUUCAACAUCAUGUUUACACAGCAGCCUCCACUAAUAGACAGUUUUGAACGUAAACAUGAACUUAUUUGUUUACAGCCCCAUUUUCAUAAAUUGUAGUUCUGCUCAAUUAUUGUUAUUAAUCAGGAAUGAGUAGUGUUGCAUGUAGAUCCUUAUUUCACUUUAGAUUAAUGUCAGAGCUUAUUGUAACUUAGUCUUGCAAGUUCCUGUUUUAGACCAAAGGUCAUUGAAUCACUUUCAUCAACAGCUCACUGAAUAAGUCAGUAUUAAAGAAAUCUGGUAAAUAAGUUUUAGACUGGGGAAACUUUUGAUCACCGCAGGUAACACCGUUUUUAAGUUACCUGCAGGCGCAACUUUAAUCUUAUUUCUCUUUACCAUGAGUUCUGUACAUUUUUAUAAUGCAGCACUUAAGUUUCAUGUUACUUUCUGCAAUCAUGACAACUGUAAUUAAGUUUGUUUGCUUUUGAAAAUCUCAGCUUUGAGUAAUGCACAUGUAUUGUUAAUGUAA